ACGAAGGGCAGGGGUGGGCCAUUCUUCUUUUGACCAAGCUCCGCUGCUAUUAGCGUACUCUAAUACUCUUAUAUUGCUGGACCGAGGCUCUCUGAACCAUAAACGCGCGUGCAUAUCCGGACACGCUGAUAUCCGUUCAAACAAACGACAAUCCCCGCAUCGCGCAACCCGCAAUCAGAGCACAUCUUAAAGCGCGUUUGAUGCGCGUUCGCGCAACAUGGUGAGCUUCGAGGAUGACGAUGAAAAUGGCUCCGAUGCUGGCUCUGAGAACGACGUCGACGAGACGAUGGAGGACAUAGACGAUGCCGAUGCUGAUGCGGAUGCCGACGCGGAUGCAGAUGCGGAUGCGGAUGCGGAUGCGGAUGCCGACGCCGAUGCCGACGAUGCGGAGGAAGAGGGGGAUUUGGAUGCCGAAGGAGACAAUGAUGAUGAUGAGGGAGAAAACGAAGAGGACGACGAGGAGCAGGAUGAUACACCAGACUCUCCUUCACGCGCCCAGUCAUCCGGGAGGCCGCCAACUUCGUCUACACUGCAGAAUGGUACAGCUGCCACUCAAGCUCUCUCAGAUGCAUCGCGCGCACAUCCAACUAUUCGUCUGGCUUCAGCCUCUCCUCACCGGUCAACUACCCCUUCAGGAGGUUCUCUUCCCCUCCGCCCCCAGGUAAGGCCCGAGGCCCUUACGGCUCCCGUGUACGACAUCGUGCCCACGAUUGCGGCGCCUCACAGUACUUCUAUCAAUGCGAUCACUGCUACGCCAGACAUGAAAUGGGUCUUCAGCGGAGGCGCAGACGGAUACAUCAGAAAGUUCAAUUGGGUGGACACUGCAAACGGAAAGCUCAUGCUCACUGUUGCGCAAAGGCAUCCGUUCGUGGACAGUGUUACAAAAGCUGGCGUUCUGCUCAGCUACUGGGAGAAUGAAGAGAGUUCAGACAGGACUCCUCCUUCUACAAACGAUGAUACCCUAGCUCUGUCCCCCGUCUACUCACUGGCCGUGCAUCACCAAGGCCUUUGGUUGUUAUCUGGGACAGAGUCUGGAUCCAUAAAUCUCCAGUCUGUUCGCCACCAAGAAGGGCACCGGAUCACUUCUCUUCGCAAACAUACUUCCGCAGUAUCGGUAUUAAGCCUGGCACAGGACGAGAAAUCCGUUUUAUCUGGUAGCUGGGACAAGACGAUCAAUGACUGGGACCUAAAUAACGGUCAAGUAAGGCGCCGCUUCGAGACUGCUGCGGGGCAGAUCUCUGCCAUCGAGCCCCGUCCUCUGUCUUCGCUUCCAGUGCCUGAGGAGUCAGGGAUUCCGCAGUCUUCAAAUGGGACCUUCAGCUCAAAUAAUGAUGCAAGACCUCUUCCGAACGGCAUCCUACCAAACGGUGUACCCCCCGCGGGACAGGAUGAAGAUGCGCCCGGUGCCGAGAACGACUCACUGUUUGGGGACAAUGAUCACGACUCGUUGUUCGGAGGCAAUGGUGACGCAGCAGCCACUGCUCCGUCAGGCGGUGAUUUUGGUGACGACGAGGACGAUGAAUUCUCAAGGGCAAUUGCAAACGAGAUGAACAGGCAGGCUGAAGAGCAAGAUGCAGAAGGAGAUAUUGACAUGACGGACUCGGGCGGCCCAGUCCAGCCACUCGAGCAAGCGGGAGACAACGACGUCGGUAUGCAGCCGGCGAGCAAUGGCGCCUACUCAGGAUCCGGCACACUCGAUGGAAAUGUUGAGCCUCAGCCCGCCGCCCUCACUAACGGGUUGCCACAUUCAGAAGAAGGCUCAUCAUCAGGAGCUGCUUCUAAAGAACCCCCUUCAAAAGAUGAUGCCCCACCUUCUUCGGAUACCACUUUCUUGGACGCCUGCCAUGAUGGUACACUGCGUGUCUGGGACCGCAGACAACAAAACCCCAUAGCACGCAUUGUCCCUCCGCGAGGAAUUCCGCCAUGGUGUAUGAAUGCAUGUUGGUCACCAGACGGAAAUUUCAUCUAUGCUGGACGGCGAAACGGUACAGUCGACGAGUAUAGUUUGCACAAGGGCCUCCGCGAGCCUUCACGAACUUUCAAAUUUCCUUCUGUCAGCGGUGCAGUGAGCGCAGUUCGAGCCAUGCCUAACGGCAAACACCUUGUCUGUGCUUCCUAUGAUAUCCUGCGGCUUUACGACCUCAAGGAACAAGAAGGCCCAAGGCACUCGGCUGUCCCUUAUCUUAUUGUUCCCGGUCAUAGAACAGGCGUGAUUUCGCAGCUGUACAUCGAUCCGACAUGCACGUUCAUGAUAUCAACCGGAGGCAACCGUGGCUGGGAGGGUGGCUCAACAGAGGUGUUACUCGGGUACGAAAUCGGUAUCACUAAAUAAGUGCGAUGUUCUGUUAUUUGGUAGACAGGCGCAUGUCGGUUCGCUGGCUUGCUACGUUGGCUGUUGCGCCGGCAUUGGACGAUACGAGGGACGCGGCAUAUACCCAGGCGUUGUUCACGGGAGGCGUUGAAUCUAAAAAUUGGGGUGUAUGCAGACAUUUUGUGGCACAUGUUGUAGGUAUAUCUACCUACCUAGUUGCUUUUACAGUAAAAUCCUAUUCUCCAUCGGAU